ACAACUUUAUAUACAACACAGGCUACAACAACAACUGCAGAAACUACUGCAGUGACAACUACUGUUACCCCAACAAGCACAAUUCCAGAGACAACCACUGCCACAACUGACACAACCACUACAACACCAACAACAGAAUCUGCCACCACAACUCUAUACACAACACAACCUACAACAACACAAACAACAGCAGAAACAACUACAUUGACAACUAGCACCCCAACAAGCACAAUUCCAGAGACAACCACUGCGACAACUGAAACAUCCACUACAACAUCAACAUCAGAAUCUGCCACCACAACUCCAUACACAACACAACCUACAACACCACCAACAUCAGCAGAAACAACCACAUUGACAACAACGAGCAACACAACAACAGAAACAACCACACUGACAACAACUAGCACCCCAACAAGCACAAUUCCAGAGACAACCACUGCCACAACUGAAACAACCACUACAACGCCAACAACAGAAUUAACAACCCACAAUUCCAGAGACAAGCACUGCGACAACUGA